AUGGCCGAACAAACCGAAUGGGCCCGGACGGCCGAGGAGAGUACUCUGGAAAAGGAGCAUUCUCUAGAAACUCUCAAAACGGCUGAUAUGGAAGCUCCGAGCCUCCAAUAUGCUGGCACUCACGUUAUCAAGAAGACCGUGAAAUCGCCACCAGAAGUCAUCGAGGAGAUGCGAACUUGGCUCAAGACUGGUGUUGCCCCUGAUGGCACGCGGAUGAUGACUGAAGAAGCCUGGCAGUGGCAUCAAGAUUAUUACCAAUGUACUGUCCGGUCGGACACGCACCAUGAGUGUCUUCCAGAAGGAGCAGGUGUCGACUUUUACUACUGGCAUGCUCCCUAUGUUGCUCACAUCGGCGACAUGAAUCUUGUUAUGAUGCAUUCCCAAGUAAACUUGCCUGAUGGCACACAUCUCCCAUCAGAUCGCUUGCGAGCAGAAACUGCUCAGUCCAAAAGGCUGCGACAGCUUGCAGAAAAAAGGACAGAACUCGAGGCCAGACGACGAGAUGAGUUCGUCCGUCAAGCCAUGGACCCUCAUGCUCACAUGGGCGACCAGUACCGCAAGGAAGGUCUUUACACAAAGCUGUUCUAUCGGGGGCAAGCACAAGAACAGAAAGAGGAGGAGCAUCCUGAGUUGAAAUGGGCUUCUACCGUGCAACUUGAAGCACGGGCUGCAGAGGCAGAGAUGGCAAAGGCAGCACAAGAAGAGGCUCCGGCGGUCGAAGAGACUCGGGCUAUCGAUAACGAGCAGGCCUGA